UUGAAACUUCAGAAUCUUUAUCGUAUCCAACGGUGCGGUUGAACUUUAACAGACAGAGUCUCUGACAUCAUCAUGCUGUUGUUCCUCUUCCUGUUGGGUCUGGCUCUGGGUCCUGUGUCUCCUUCAGAAGACCUAGUAGUGGAUUUGCAGGGUGGCAGCUGUCCCACGUUCUGGUCCCUUUUCACUGGCCGGUGCUACAAGUACAUCGCCACACAUUUGACCUGGGCUGAUGCAGAGCUCCACUGUGUUUCACUGGGAGCCAACCUGGUGUCUAUCCACAGUGACGGGGAAGAUGAGUUUGUCAAAUCACUGAUCAAGAAUUUUGACAUUACUGAGGGGCUUACCUGGAUCGGACUCAGUGAUGUCCACAAAGAAGGAAGCUGGAUGUGGUCUGAUGGGUCUCCAGCCAUCCAUUUUCUAUGGGAAGCAACACAGCCAGACAACUCUAAAAGAAAAGAUCACUGUGUCAACACCAACUACAAUGCUCCAAGAAAAUGGAAUGAUGAUCGAUGCUAUAAAACCUAUCCCUCAGUUUGUGCUACUCGCGCAAUCUUUGCUUAGCAACUGAGAUGUUACACGUCAGAUUGAACCAGGUCUCUGUUCACCUGUUAUUGUUUACAUGCUUUUGAACACAAUGAAGU